GGAAAGCAGAGCAACCCCCUUCCAGAAGCGCCGAGUGAGCAUGUGUGGCUCACGACUGGCUAGGAUGUCCUUUAAUAUACGGUUGCUAUGGAAAUGGAUGACAUGAAAUGGAUCCGUACGGCUAAAAAAUCUCCUCGAACCCUCCUCACCUCGUGUUUUUACAGACAUCACUGCCAACAACCUGACGCGUCAUAGGGAGAUCGGCACCAGCCGAGUCCAGUGGAGCCGGUGCUGAGGAAAGGGGCUGAAGAUUGGCCGCUGCCCGCUCUAGCACCAGGAUCCUCUACAGCCGUCUGGGGUGAGGGGUGGAGGAGACGAGGUGCCUGGCUGGGGCUGGGUGGAUGCUGCCUGGAGGAGGGGGGGGCCACGGCAGCAGCAGAGGCAGCGGGAGGAAGAUGGCAUCCACAUGCAUGCAGAUCUUCGCCUUUAUCCUGGCGCUGUUGGGCAUCAUGGGGGCCAUGGUGGCCACACUGCUGCCCAAUUGGAAGGUGAGUGCCGACGUGGGCUCCAACAUCAUCACAGCCAUCUCCCAGAUGCAGGGGCUGUGGAUGGACUGCACCUGGUACAGCACCGGCAUGUUCAGCUGCACUUUGAAGUACUCGGUGCUGUCGCUGCCCGCCUACCUGCAGACUGCCCGCACCACCAUGGUGCUGUCCUGUGUGAUGGCUGCCAUGGGCCUGUGCCUGGCAUCCCUGGGGCUCAAAUGUACCCGCUGGGGGGGCGGCCGGCGCUCCAAGAGGCACGCGGCCAUCGCCAGCGGGGGCUGCUUCAUCGCCGCCGGCUUCCUGUGCCUGGUGCCCGCUUCCUGGUUCACCAACGAGGUCAUCACUAACUUCCUGGACCGCAGUGUGCACGAGAGCAAUAAGUUUGAGCCCGGGGGGGCCGUGUACGUGGCCUUCCUGUCGGCAGGCUUCCUCUUCGUGGGGGGGUCCAUCUUCUGCGUGUCUUGCUCGGGGAAGAGGCCCGGUCACCAGGACAUGAUCUUACUGCCCCCCCCCAACAAACUCAUACUGCAGCAGCAACAGCAGCUCCUACAGCAACAGCAGCAGGACCAGCACCAGUACUGCUCCCUCUCCCCACUAGACAAUAAGACAGGCUACAGCCUGCAGGACUAUGUGUAGGCUAAAGCAACAAGCCACUUGCUACUGCUAGGCAGACCAGUUCGGGGAACAACCAGGGCUUACACUGCGUAAGAGAUUGAGGAGGAGACUAGAGCAGAGGGGAAGGACUUUGAUGGCGUCUCUCUUUCCCUUUCCCCUCUUCUUCUGUUCUGCAAGCACAAGCAGUGGAGGUAUUCCCCGAGCAGCCCCUUGGAACAGACGGACGGUUGGUGAAUGUGAAAUGCAGCGCAGCCGGGGGAGGAAGGGAAGCGCUGCAGAAUGGGAGGGGAGCCGCAGCGACACAUGCAGAUACCCCAGCAAUCAUCAGUAAAUCCAUUAAGACUUCCCGGGGGAAUGGAUUAGCUGAUAACAAGCCUCCCGUUAAUUUCCUUUUCCUCGCCAAAGGUUUGAAUUAAUAAGCAAUCAUUUAGCUGCUAAUAAUCGUUUGGUAACCACCCAUUCGGCAAGUCGGCAAUAUUGCUAUUAUUGUCUCAGAGGCAAUAACAGUACGUGCAAUUCCCUUUCCAUAAGCAAGCUACUGUUGUUUUGAACUAUCCACUAGAUAUGCUAGUUGUUGGGACUGAUUUAAGUCAGUCUUAUUUUUGGUAGCUAACAGACUGGUUUGUUGCCUAAGCAUGCUGUUUGGAGCCUGUCUGUGUAUAUUGCAGAGGAAUGCCUGUUAGAGACAGACGUAUGUAGUGUAGCCAACGCAAUGCCUAAAAAGCUGUAGUAUGUUAUCCUUCCCAUUGAAACUGUUCAAAGAGUGCUGUCAGAAUUAAUACAAAGGGUGCUGGGCUUGGAGAUCGAACAGAAUGGCAUAUAAACAAAAUCCUGUAACUCACCCUGCAGGUAGAGACAGACAGAGACACAGGGGGAAAGAGACAGACAGAGAGGGAGGGACAAACAGUGAGACACACACAGAUAGAAAGAGAGACAAACAGCGAGAGAGAGGGACAGUGAGAGACAGAGACACACAGAGACAGUCCCACGUCCAGCAGAGUGGACUGUAUGACAUACUUUACUAUUAAGCUUCAAAACAAAAAGGAGCUGCCUUCUUCAGGCUGGGCUACACACUACUUACUUCAAGCAUUACGCAUACAAAACACUCCUACACCCACAGACGCACAGUUCACACCCACCCACACAUAGAUUACACAACCACACACUGAGGCACACACACACACAGAUACAAAAACCCACACAAACUGUACCCUCUGCCUCACUGGGCUGUGUGUGCUUUUCAUCCUGCUGUCCGCCUCCUCACUGCCAUGGAAACGGGAUCCUGCGCCCAAAUAUCUUUGUCUGUGAUUGGGGGUGGGGUGUCAGCCUGUACUUUGAGGUUGGUUAGGGGGGCAUCUCUCCCUCCCCAUGCCCCCAUAAGCCUUGUGAAGAGCCUCCACACAUGCACAGCUGCUUCACUAAUCCCCUUUAUUAGCCCAGUGACAGGAAGCACCAAGCCACCGUUACAUCCAGGUCUGUCUGGGAAAUGCUCUCUUUAUGUUGUCCCAUAUUACACUGUGUCUGACAUGCAAUUAGUGUUAUGGGAAAAAGGGCUGUGUUUUGAAAAGUCAGGCUGAUUAUUAGAAUUGUAGAUCAGUAGGUAGAAAAUGGCGCUUGCAAUGCCAGGAUAGUGGGUUCGAUUCCCGGGACCACCCAUACGUAAUAUGUAUACACGCUUGACUAAGUCGCUUUGGAUAAAAUCGUCUGCUAAAUGGCAUAUAUUAUUAACUGCAGCAGUGUGGCAGAUGUGCCUCCAAAUCUAGAAAACGGUUUGAGGUAUUCCACUAUGACUUGUUUAGUGAGUCAGCAGUGCAUAUGCUACUGUUCAGCACCUGCAGGAGAUUGUGUGGCUAAAGUUAAAGCAACUUCUCUGUGCCAUUCUCGUCUUUCCUAUAGUACCUGUCAGCUUCGCUCUCCUCUACCUCUCCCUGGUCUCUCCAUCUAUAGCAUUAUUUUUCUAAAGGGAAGUAAAGCAGCAUUUCUCUCUGACUGACAGGGAACACUGUUGCAUGUUAAGAACAUGCUGGUCAGCACACACACACACACACACACAACUCCCGCCACCAACUCAUUUCUCAGGGCUGCUACUUAACACAGUCAAGUUCUCAUGUGUGUCUGUACACAGCUGAGAGGAAGGGAAGAUGUGCUGUCUCCGGCCUGAAAUGGCUGCUCUGGUGACAGGCCCUGGCAGUGAUGUGUGGCGCAGACCGCGUGUUGUUCCUUCUCUAACAACACACUGUUUUUUACAGGGCGAGCAGAUGGCUAAGCCCAGCUCGCCACCUGCAGGCGGCUGCCUGCACACUGGAGGCAUCACUAGAGGUCCUGGCAGCCUGUUUCAUACCCCAUGUAUAGAGAAGAGAGGACCGGACUGGGCAUCAGUAUAAUAAUACACUGCCCAAUGCCCAGGCACCCCUUACGAAUGCAAUAAAAUGAUGACAAGAAUGUCAAUGUGCCCUCGUGAACAAUCUGAAUACAUACCAACACAUACGUGUUGGAGAAUGUGCCAAAUCAACUCCUGUCAAGUUUGAUACUGCAUGUAGUUCAUACGGUUGACUUUUUUUAGUCCAUUUGUUUGUAUGUGAAUUAUACAUUGGCAUAUGGUUUUAUGGAGUAAUUAUUUGUUGUGCGACCGAGGCCAAGUCUUGAGUAAGCUACACACUUGUGUACAGUAGGAUGCAGCUUUCCAUGGUUCUUUUUUCAACCUUAUUAUUCCAAAGCACACAAUAAUUUCAGACGCAUAAACAAUUCUGAUUUCGUCAGGAAAGCCUUGAACACUUGUUAAUUGUUUUAUUUGUUGUAAUGUUUAAAUCGUGCUUCUGCAGACAACAGUAUGCAUUUGGCUAGGACAUUUGUGGACGUAAUUAGAUUUUUUUUCUGUCAAGGUAAAUUUCUUUCCUAUUUAGUUCAAAUGUCUUUUAUCAUGUUCAUACACUGCAUCUUCUUCAUAAGAAGACUACUUGACUGCACCUUUGCUUGUGUUACCUUGUUGGACAGCGCAGUUUGUUUCAAGCGGCUGAGCAUUGCAAGUCCUCUGGACCGGUUCAAAUGUACGUAACACAACUGGCAGUCUGAAAAAGAGCAAAGCCAUUUCUGUCUGAUGUGAUUUGAGCAGGCCAAUGUGAGCUGGAGGUUUGUUCCGUUGUGUAGAUGUGCAGCCUGUUCCUCAGCCAGCGCACCAUUUCAUUAGCUUCAAAUGGUCUAGAUGUCUAAACAGCUGCAGCUCUCCUGCAGAACCAAGACAGAAAUUAUCAUUUUGAUAAUUGCAGCUUAUUUUCGUGGAUGCUUCAGCACUUCUUAAUUUGCCAGAGGAUUUUCAACAGUUCAAGUGUUCUGGUUACUGUUGUCUAAAUGUGCUUGUGCAAGUAGUUAUAUUUUUUACCAAUAAAAAAAUAUUUUGUGGAA